GCUGACAACCCUGUAAGCCAGCCCAAGGGCAUUUUUGUCACCGAGAACUUAUAUAAGGUGUCCAUACUUAGGGUUUCUUUCUCAACAGGCCGGACCAUCUUUCACAUCCCGCGACAGAAGCAGAGCCGCACCCUCCUCCUUGCUCUCCCUCAGAGAUGGCCAAGUCAAAGAAUCAUACUGCUCACAACCAGUCCUACAAGGCCCACAAGAAUGGGAUCAAGAAGCCUAAGAGGCACCGCUACACCUCUACCAAAGGGAUGGAUCCCAAGUUCUUGAGGAACCAGAGGUAUGCCAAGAAGCAUAACAAUAAGAGCGGUGAGACAGCCACCGAGGAAGAGUAAUGGAGCUCUUUGUUUCCUAUGUCCAUGUUAGGGUUUAUCUUAAUAGUGUAGUUCUUUGUUGGGCUUUACUUCAAUGACAAUACUGUUAAAGCCAUUUCUGUUUUGGGUAAUUGUUACUGAUACUUGUUUUAAGAUUGUUAACACUUGUGGGUCUAUUCUUGUUCUUGAUUUCAUUUUAAAGAAAUGCUUUUUAUCUUUC